AGGAAACUAUUUCAGCUUCUCAGAUCAGGGAAACAGAAACUGAAAGUAUUGUUGAGCUGUUGUGCAUUUGUCCCGCUCUCUGUAUUUAUGCAGCAAAAUGUCAGAAGCCAGGAUUUCUCAGGAUGAGUUCAUGUGUCCAGUGUGUCUGGAUCUCCUGAAGGAUCCAGUGACCAUUCCCUGUGGACACAGUUACUGUAUGAGCUGUAUUACAGACUGCUGGGAUCAGGAGGAUGAGAAGAGAGUCUACAGCUGUCCUCAGUGCAGACAGACCUUCAGUACAAGACCUGCUUUAGGUAAAAACACCAUUCUGGCUGAAGUGGUGGAGAAACUGAAGAAGACUAGACUUCCUGCUGACUGUUACGCUGGAGCUGGAGACGUGCAGUGUGACGUCUGUACUGGAAGAAAAUACAAAGCCGUCAAGUCUUGUCUGGUGUGUCAGGAGUCUUACUGUCAAACUCAUUUUGACCAUCAUGAGGAAUUUCCCUCUCGUAAGCCACACAAAGUGAUCGAUGCCACUGGACGACUGCAGGACAUGAUCUGUCGUAAACAUGAUAAAGAGCUAGAAAUGUACUGUAUCACUGAUCAACAAUGCAUCUGUGUGUGGUGUAAGGAGUAUGAACAUAAAAACCACAACACUGUAUCAACUGCAGCACAGGGGACAGAGAAACAGAAACAGCUGAAGGAGACGCAGAUGAAGAUCCGUCAGAGAAUCCAGCAGAGACAGAAAGAUCUUCAGCAGCUGAGAGAGGCUCUGGAGUCUCAUAAGCGCUCUGCACAGACAGCAGUGGAGGACAGUAAGAAGAUCUUUACUGAGCUCAUCCGCUCCAUUGAGAGAAGCCGCUCUGAGGUCACACAGCUGAUCAGAGAUCAGGAAAAGGCUGCAGUGAGUCGAGCUGAAGGACGACUGAAGCAAGUGGAGCAGGAGAUCAAUGAUCUGAGGAGGAGAGACGCUGAGCUGGAGCAGCUUUCACACACACAUGAUCACAUCCAUUUCCUGCAGAGUUUCCAGUCUCUCUCAGCACCUCCUGAAUCUACAGAUGAACCCAAUGAUCCCUUCAGUUCUCUCUUCUCUUUUGAUGGCAUGAGAGAAUCUGUCCGUCAGCUGAGAGACAAACUGGAGGAUUUAUGCAAAGGGGAGAUCAAGAAGAUCUCUGACAGAGUCACAUUCACCAACAUGAGGAACGACUUCCUACAGUAUUCCCAUCAGCUCACUCUGGAUCUGAACACAGUGAAUGAACACCUCUGUCUGUUUGAAAGGAACAGAGUGAUUACUAACACUGGCACAAUCCAGCCGUAUCCUGAUCAUCCAGACAGAUUUGAUGUGUAUCAGCAGGUGUUGUGUAGAGAGAGUGUGUGUGGACGCUGUUACUGGGAGAUUGAGUGGAGUGGGUAUUGUGUGUAUAUCUCAGUGUCAUAUAAGAGCAUCAGCAGGAAGGGAGGGGUUUAUGAGUGUUUGUUUGGAUAUAAUGAUCAGUCCUGGUGUUUGUUCUGCUCUUCCUCCAGUUACUCCUUCAUACACAAUAAGAUAGAGACUGCUCUCCCUGUAAAGUCCAUCAGCUCUAGAAUAGGAGUGUAUGUGGAUCACAGUGCAGGAACUCUGUCCUUCUACAGCGUCUCUGACACAAUGAGCCUCAUCCACACAGUCCAGACCACAUUCACUCAGCCGCUCUAUCCUGGGUUUACUGUUUGGUCUGGAUCAGUGAAACUGUGUUGAUGCUUCAGAAUAGACUGUAGAGAGAUUUUAUCCAUAAUAAUUUGAGCUUCAUGAGAAAUCAGUAACAGUGAGAUAUUAUAGAGUCUUAUUUUCUCUUCAUUACAUUAACUAGGCAACAUUUUUAUACAGAAAAUUCUUUAAUGGAUGUUUUCAAAAAUGUUUCACCAGGAACAAUCUUACAUUUUUUAUCAAAUAUUGAAAUGAAAAAUCUUAUAUAAUGUUUGUUAUAUUUAUGUGAGUUGAUUAUUAACUGUUGUUUUUUACUAUUGUGCUAAUUAUGUUUAUUUAUUUUUAAUGUUGAUCUUGCCAUAAAAAUAGCAAUAAAAAUAAACAAACAAACAUCAAAAGUACCUUUCAGUUAAAUGAUCAAACACAGGGUUCAUUACAAAAUGAACAGAUUGAGGAUAGAGUGGUUUUGAAUAAUGAAAGAACAGAAACAGUCGUGAACAAUGUGAGGAGUGAAGAUGUGGAAAAUGGCAUUAUAAGUGGAGAAAAUAGUGUAAAAAAAUCAUAGUUCAAAAUUAAAAAAAUUGUGCUGCAGAAGAUAAGAGAUGAAGAAGCUCUUUAUGAUAUUUCAGAUACUGGGUCACAAGUGAUGGAAAACAUGAACUCUUUAGAAGAAAUAAAUGACUUUCUUGACACAACGUUUAGUAAAGUUUUGAUGUAAAAUAGUUCUUUCCAGAUAUAAAAUCAUAGUAUCAUAGUAUCGGUGGUGUUGUUGCAAAAAAAAAAACAAAUGAGCUCUGAAGAUCUGGAAUAAAAAAUAAAAAAAAGAUUGAGAUGCUAAUGAAAUUAAAGUAAAGUGCAGCUUCAUGAAAA